GCAAAUGAGCCAACGCUACAAUACUGCCUUUAGUCCAGAGCGCGUGGAAGUCGACCAGGAAUACAUUCAUGUUCCCUGAGCUCCAGGAAAAAACAACCUAAGCAUCCCAAUUUUUAAAAAGGUUUUACUAAAAAAGAAAACUAUUUUCGAACUCUUUUACACAAGAGGAGUCCUCACAGACAAAUAAUAAGAAAACAAUUAUACAAAAACUAUACGAUAUAGCCCAAUCUUACUGUUAUGAGUCGAGAAUGAGUACCACAGAAGACAACGGAAGCAAGUGCUCUUCGGCCCCGAUUUCCACCUUCACUAUUCAGUCGAUAUUGGGCAAGUCUUCGGAGAAGCCACGGUCCGGGGCGAAGGAGAGUUCCAAGGGACUGCAGCUGGCGAGGACGCGCUUGCUCUCGGUUUCUUCGGAAGAGGAGUGCAGCGGUGGGGAGGACUCUGCAGACUGUUUCUGCUCGGAUCCUGGUCACAGAGAGCCAUGCAACCAACAUCAACCACUUAAUUUUUCAUGUUUAGGUGCAACCAAGGGACUUAUUUCAGGCCAUGACGGGAUUGCACGGCGACCGCACUUGACACAGCCUCUGCUGCAGGAUUACAAAGAGGAACAAGAGAGACCAUGCAUUCCAAUGUCACCUAUUUCUGAGGAGAGACAGACAGACGGUGCGGACAAGCAGACUAACUCGUCCAAGAAGAAGACUCGUACAGUCUUCUCGCGGAGUCAGGUGUACCAGCUCGAGUCCACAUUUGAUAUGAAGAGGUAUUUGAGCAGCUCCGAGCGAGCCUGCUUGGCAUCAAGUCUACAGCUAACAGAAACUCAAGUGAAGACGUGGUUUCAGAACCGCAGAAACAAAUGGAAACGACAACUGUCGGCGGAACUGGAGGCUGCGAACAUGGCACACGCAUCCGCACAGACACUGGUCGGAAUGCCGCUUGUUUUUAGAGAAAACUCCCUGCUCCGGGUACCAGUUCCAAGAUCUAUUGCUUUUCCAACGCCACUAUACUAUCCCGGCAGCAGCCUACAAGGGUUACCACUGUACAAUCUGUAUAACAAGAUUGAAUAUUGACUCAAUGCCUGUGAUGACAGUCCAAAAUAAUAACACGUUAACACGCGACAGUACUUUCUUAUAAAUGUCUGCCAAACUCAUGUCUAUUAUAUAACUUUAUUUGUUGAAAAAAAAUAUGUCUUAUUAUGCAGCAACUGUAUGUUUUAACAAGAAAGCAACAAGCUUCUCUAUAUGUAUAAAAUACACCAUGUGUAUAAUAAUUAUUUUCAACCUUGAUUUUGCGUUCUUCUCCCUGGUUUAACGCGUUAUACAUUGCGAUAAUUUAGACACUGAAAUACAGAUGUUAUCAAGUGGACUGUUUCCCAAACGAAUUAUGAAUGCAUUCAAACACAGUUUUAAAUGUAAUGUGAAUGUGAAUAUGAAAUAUUGAGGUCCAACCACCUUAAUCUGUUAAAAAAUACUGGAAGAAAUUGGGUUUAUACAUUUGGGGAUAUGGAAGUGCAAACUCGUUGCUUCGGUUUUGGGGAAAUGUUAUUGUAAUCAUAGGCCCACCAAAUAAACUGCUAAUUCAAUACAUUUUCUAUAUCAGUGAAAUAUGGGUUGGGAUUUAUUGUACAUUGCCCGUUUUUAAUAUUUAUUUUGUGGCAUUCAAUCCAUUCAAUUGUGGCAUUCAAUCCAGUUUUUGAAAAACAGGAAAGGAAAAACGAAUUUCAUAUGUACAAUAUAAAAUAGCUUACUUAUUUAAAAUAUUCACACUGCAGCUCAAAGAUUAUUAAAGAAAAACCUAUAUUUGUUAUUUUUCUGUGUAACUUUCUGCCAUGGAAGUUUCAAUCAACAUGACAUCCAGCUACAGUUGGCCAAACUCUCUUAUAAACAUAUGACUCUGCAACUAACUAGGCGUCUAAAGGUGAACAAUGAUACUAAAACACCCUCUUAGCCAGCGGCAUAAGCCUCCAGUGCGCCAAAAUGUAUAUUAAAAACAUCUAGAUUGCCUGGUAGCCUAAAAACAAUGUAGGACACUGUUUUUCCGUAUUCAACAUAUAUUUGUCAAAUGUGAACAAUGUAAUAUUAUACCCUAAGCCUCAUAGGUCUGUAACAAGUGCUCAUUUGCCUGCUACUAACAGUGUAACUAACAAGAUGUGCUAUUAACAACAAAGUGUUGUGAACAUGUUUUUUACCAGAAGGGGACUACAGUUUCAAAAUGAUCUAUGUAUACAAGUGAUUUCAGGUGUAGCCUUCCACUGCAGUAUUACUGGCUGCUUCCCUUCAACCAUGGACACAUAAUGAGUUAAGAUCGUGUCAAACGCUUUGGUUAUAUUUAUGUUGCCUGUCUUAAACACAAAGACUCUUUUCAUCUGUCAUCACAGUCCUUUGGCAAGUUAGCCAAUGUGAAAUGUGUCAUAUGUACUUAUGAGUGUCAACUCAGUGGUCUGCUUAACCUAUUUCAGGGGAAGGGAAAGAGAUGUACACCAUCAGCAACCAAUCAGAGUCAUGGCGGCAUAUUCUGACAUUUGAAGUGUGCAUUACAGGAACGCCUAGCCUUGUUGGAGGGAAUGUAAUAAGCAGUGCCAUUGUUAAAGUUCAAGACUCACCGCAUCGUUGUGUGAUGCUUUUCCUUUUCAAGCUAGCCACCACUCAAAUCAAAUCAAACUUUAUUUGCCACAUGCGCCGAAUGCAACUGUAGACUUUACAGUAAAAUGCCUACU